UCACAUGACUCUUAUGUCCCCCCGCGACGUUCCGCUAGCUAGCUAAUGGCUCAUUUGUUGUUGUUUUUCUUUUCCGCGUUAAUGAGCACAGCCCUAUGAUGGAUAGCUGAGGAUUUUAUAUGACAUUUUCUCAUCUCAGGUGAUAUGUCAGGUGAAAUCCAGCGCCAUGUCUGUGGAUGGCUCCCGGACGUCAGUGUUUACCUUCCAGUCAUCUGUACACAGUAUGCAUGUCCUCCGCUGCCUGGAUGAGCAGAGACAGAAGGACAUCUUGUGUGAUGUGACGGUAGAAGUGGAGAGCAGGAGCUUUCGAGCUCACUGCUCGGUACUGGCUUGCUGCAGCGCCUAUUUUUACACCAGACUCCUAAACCGCACGGGAUGGAACUCGGUCAUCACUCUGCCUGAGGAAGUCACAGUAGAGGGCUUUGUGCCUUUGCUCCAGUUUGCCUACACUGCAAAACUUAACUUCACCAAAGAAAACAUCCUGGAAAUUCACAGAUGUGCUGAGCUGCUGGGAUUUCACAAUCUCGACAAAGCGUGCUUUGAGUUCCUCAUUCCCAAGUUCUCUGAUGGCAGCGAAACUACUCAGGACGCCAAGAGGAAGAGCAAAAACAGCAACAAGAGCAAAAACAGCCAUGAAAAUUCGCCAGCUGGCAGCGAAGACUGUGAUAGUACUGACAAGCAAUGCAUUAAUACUGAAGUAGAUGGCGUAGCUGUGGAUUCUGAGGCUCAGGCGGUACAGAACACAUCACCUGGAGAUCCGGACUGUCCUAAUGAAAGGCAUUCUGUCACCUCCGAUAAAAAUAUUUUAGGUUUAGCUUCAGUCUCAUUCCAGUCUGAUACUGACCACCAAACAGAACUGUGUUUACAGAACUGCGGGCCACAGCUGGCGCUGUCUUCGUCCGUGCCUACUGGUGGAGUUUGUCCCUUUCUUUCAAUGCCAUGUAGCAGUGAAAGUGACAAUGUGCAUCCUGUCACAGCUGGCUGUGAUAGUGGCAUUUUGAAUAGACUGGCAAUGGAUGAUGUUCAAGGUGAUUGUCUAAACAUGCCAAACGUUGCUGAGGGCCAAAUUGAGCAGCCUGUAAGGGAUUUAGAGCCAACGUCGGACUGCAGCCAGUUAUGUCCCCUGUCCUCCAGGGAAACAAGUGAAGUCUUGGACAGCAUUGCGUCAGUAAGCAACUUGGAGAGCAUCGAGAGCAUCAAUACAGACACUUUUCACCCCCCUGAGCAAAUGUUCCCCAACCCAGCAAAUAGCAACGGCUCCACAGAGAGAAGCACAGUGGAGAGGGAGGUGGCUGAGCAUCUGGCGAAAGGGUUCUGGCCUGACAUGACCUCCUCUUUGACAGAGCCUCCAGAGAGCAUGGAGCAGGCAGCUGCUGGACACGGCGCUGACUUCCACUGGCUCAAACAUCUGGAUUUAGGUGCUGCACCUGACGACUGCCCUUUCCUGAGGGACCUGAACUCCAAGGAUGACCCGUCCUCAUUGGAUAACAGUCCAUCCAGAGAAACAAGCAGAGAGAGUCCCCUUGUGUCUCCUGUAACCUCUGGUGACAAUUCUGACUGCGAGCACGAGGCGGACUCUGUAGUUAGCAGUGAGCAAGCAUGUGAGGUGGACUUGCCGUUCCCCGUUGAACAGAUCUCGACCAUGAGCAGGCGAGCUUUCCUGCAGCUCCUGAAAGAGCAGCGGCUCACGCCAGAACAGUUGGAAUUUGUGCAGGAUGUUCGUCGGCGAAGCAAAAACCGCAUGGCUGCUCAGCGAAGCAGGAAGAGAAAACUGGACUGCAUCUACAAGCUUGAGGGAGACAUUAAGAAACUGAAGGUUCAGAAGGAGAAGUUGCUGCAAGAACAAACACAGCUAAAGCAGAGUGUGGAGGACUUACAGCAGUCUCUCUCAGGUCUGUGUGACAGUGUGUGUACUAAAUCCUCAAUGCAGCCGGAGCAGCUGCACGUCUUAGCCAGGUAUCUGUCCCCAAACUCGCCCAGUUCGGUGCUCCUCACACCCACUGCCUCGCCAAACCUGCCCUCCCUCGAGGCCUGGAGCAUUGAGACAACUCAGCCUGAUGGCACUCAAGCUAAUGCAACAAUUAAUGAUUGUAGUAGUAGUAGUAACAAUAAUAAUAAUAAUAAUAAUUUAGGCACCAUUUUGAAGCCCAAUGAGUAUUCACAAACGUAAUUGAGUCAUACAAGCAGUUCUAAACAAGCAAAUACAAUACAAGACACAGGCACACACACAUACCCGCACACACAAAGCUGGAUUACAAACUGUUGUAAGUAACCUUAAUGGUAAUAAUUUUCACAAUGUGAUUAAAUAGAUUUUUAUUCAUUGUAAAUAAAAUAAAAUGGAUCAUGAUGAAAAGCAGGUUCAAAAGCAGCUGUACAAGGUUAACGAUUUCUCUUGUUGUAAGAAUUUAGAACCUAACUGUCAGUUUCUUUGUCCUUAACAAAACAACAGUGAACAAGAAAAAUAUAAUAAAAUCUUUUAUAACAGGGCUCAUCAGUUUGUGAACUGUGGAUAUGAACGGAUCAAACCAAGCCCUGAAAAAGACGAAAAAAAUCGUCCAUUAGUGCUGGUUUGAUAAAUAUAAACCGUCACAGUUUCUGUAUCAGAUUCUCUGCUGUGGAUUAUUUUUACAUAAUAACACAUGCAUUUAUGAAAAUCAUUACAUUAAAAAAAGGAAGUAGUUUUCCCGGAUUUGCAUUAUAUUUUAUUUUUAUCAAUUUCUUUGACCUGAUUAGGGAAGUGACAGUGAUGAAAACUGUGUAUACAGACAAAUACACAAAUACCCUCUUGAUCUAUUUUAUUUAUAGCCCUAAUGGUUAAUUAAUGAAAGGUUAUUAUUGUAACCUUGUAUUCAUCUUGGUUGCUUAUCUGCGCCUUUGUAAUUUAGCAAUUCUAGUUGAAGCCCCUGUCAUAUAAAGAAAACACUCUUGUGUGUGAGAGAAUAGCACUGGCAGCAUCAUUUUAUAUGAAUUGCCUUUCUUGCUAUUGUGUGCAGUAAUGGGAAAAUCUUUGUGCUCAUCGCAUCUUCGUUUUUUUUUUAAGAAUUGUUUAGAUUUUUCUCAUGUAUCCUCACAGCUGUGCAUACUUUUAUGCUAAAGCAGCUAUUAUACAGCAGAGGAAUCAUAGUAACUAAAACAAAUGUUACUGUUUGUUUAAUCAAGUUAACCAGGAUAAGACAGAUAUUGUGGAGGUGAAUGUCAACUUCGGCUUAAGCCACAUGUGUUCACUGGCAGAUACACACGGCAAAUAAUAACAGAGGUGUUAUUACAUAAUAACACGUAGAAAGAUGAGAAAAUCACUAAAUAACACAUUUAUUAAUGUGAGAACAUUAGUAGCUAGUUUUAUGUUUACUUUCAUGACUCUUUUGCUUGUAUUUGAUUGAGUAAAUAACUCACUUACAGUAUUCUACACCACAGAGUAACCUCUUUGGGAGCUUGGUUUGGAGAGCAACUUCAAACUCUGCCCCAAAAAUCCUAAUCCUAAAGGGUAGCUGGAAAUGCAUAAAAUCUGAGCAUAAUGAACUGAGCAUAGCUUCCAGAGUGUAUACAGUAUAGUCUUUAUCAAAACUUCCAUGUGCAUGUCAAGAUUCAAAAAGAAAGAUUAAUUGAAAUCCCACAUAUUCAGUAAGUUGCUUUCUGUGGCAGAACAUUGUUUUAUAUGAAUUGCCUUUCAUGUGCAAUAAUAAGACAAUCUGUCACUAUUAAUAAGAGAUAAACAUAACAUUAAUCUCAUCCUAACAAGAAUAGUUGAUCUUUUUUCCCUUUAACCGAAAAGAAGGAUUCUGUAAUGAUCACUGCCGCUGUAUUAAAUUAACCCAUAAUGUAAAUUUAAACCAGUAUGUCCUAGUCCUCUAGUGGUCCAACCUGUAAUCUUCACUCAGGAGUAAACAUUUUAGUCAUUUAAUUCUGACUAUAAUUUUCUUAACUUUUUUGUUUUUUUUAAUGAAUAAAUGUAUAGAACUAAAUUUGCACUGUUACUAAACAUUUCAUAUGAAAUUUUAGCAUGGCUUAAUAACCGAUAUUUGUAUUAUUCCUAUUGCAAGAUGUGCAUGAGCCAAAUAUUCUGAGGUAAGGAUUCUUAAUUAUCUAAGAAUCUGCUUUAUAAUUUCGAAAUCUUUAAAGUUUUAUUUAGCACAUUCACUUUAUGCACUUUGUUACACUGUACAGUUACUACAUUGCUUUUAAUUCUGCUUGAUUUUUGAUAAUCAUAAUGUAAUGCAUCCAUUUGAAUGUAGCACAAUAGUCUUAGCACUAAAACCAUAAUAUUGUUACUACAUACAGUAUAGUGCACAUUUGUGCAUUGUGCAUAUUAACAGAAAGAUUGGUUACAGGUACUAAAGUAACUGCCAUGUAUGAUUAUGUGCAUAUAAGGGAACAGUUUGUAAAUGGCUUGUAAUCAAUAAAACAAACCUGUAAAACA